AUGAAUUUUAGAGCUUUUCUAUUAAUAUUAUCAAUAAAUUACGGACACUUGAUAUUCGCUUUCAAGGAAGUCAGCGAACAUGAGAACUGUUCUCUUUGUACAAUUUCAUUCUUUCGCCGAAAACGUGCGCUUCCGGAGUACACGCGAUGGCGAUCGAAUCCCGAAACGACUCAAGAAUUUAUUGUAAAAGUCCUCGAAGAUGAUAUAACAACGCCUCGGGCGAAAGUGGUAGCUGUCAACAUUCGUCCUAAUUUGAAGGAUAAUGAAAAAAUUAUAAUCGGAGGAGCUACUCUCAUAUCCACAACAGCUCCUAUCACACCUCCGUUGUCUGAUGACUACACCCGGUUUGUGCCCCCCACAACUCUCCCUGUUACUAGAUAUGAUGACAUGAUUUUAGCUCCAGCGACAACAGCGGGUAAAAUUCCGCCGAUAAAACCGAAAAGCAAGGUGAUACGAGGUGAACAGCAAAUUGGGCCAAUUAUUAAAUUCAGCGGUGAACGCCAUUCCCUUCGAGACGAAAGCCCUCCGUCUGGUCCAAAAUUUAUUCCCAGACCAAAUGCGGAAUAUCUUUCUCAAUAUGCACCUAUCGCCCCUGUUGUUUUUACUCAGAAAACCUCGUCAUUAGAACCUCUAACUCCACGUACAGUUGGUAAUUUUAGGCUUUACAAAACCUCAAUUCGACCUACCCGAACACCUCCAGCUUUCGAUAUGAUAAAACCAAUAAGAACUCCUGAUUUUAGAAGUUUUUUGUCCUUUGACGAUGGAGCUAGAGGGCCUGUAAUUUAUUUCCCUACUCGUACCACACACUCGCCUGAGCCAGAGAGUGCGUCUACCAGUACAAGUCAUUUGAUUAAUGACAUUGACGAAGAUUUUAUAAAACCAACUAGUAUUAUGGAUUAUAGAAGAAAGGACGACGAAAAGAAAGCUAUGGAUAAAUUGUCUGGGAAAGAUGGAGACGACUCAUACAAUAUGUUAAUUUAUGAUGACGAUGGCGAGAUUACAACAAAACACGUUUAUCACAGUUUCACUGACACUGAUGACGACAAAACAGGAAUCAGCGAAAUCGAUUUUGAACACUUACAAACUAAAAUAUCUCUAAUUACUGAUAUUGAUUCAGAAGAAUAUGAAAAUAGCACGAAAGCUGAUAUAAGAGAUUACAAUGAAGAGGAAGAUAUAAAAAAAGGGACUGUAUUGGCGGUAGAUUAUGGCGGCAAUGCAAAUUAUAAAACUACCAAAGUUUUAAAAGAAACUGUUUCCAAUCAAACUCGUAAAUGCAAUCUUUUGAAACUUAGACCACUGUCGUUUAGUUCGCCACGUACCCUUCACGAGAUAACAUCGCAAUUGCGGCAGUGGGCUGAAGUUAGUCCCGUUGCCAAAUGGGUGGAUAUAACGGACGGAAAUUAUACAGUUAUGGAAAAUCCAAUUUAUAUGAUGAUCGUAGAUGAUCCUAGUAGUGGACAGAUAAUGUCAGCGAAACAGACUGUCAUGAUUGUUGCAGGCAUCCAAGGUAGAGAUCACCACGCCGUUGCAGCUGCUAUGUAUGUGCUAUAUCAACUUAUAGACCGUACGGAAGCACAUGCCGAUCUCCUAACCCGCUAUCGAUUUUGGAUAAUUCCUGUUUUCAAUCCAGAUGGUUACGACUAUUCUAUGACGUUUCCGCGACGUAGGGAAUGGUCAAAGAAUCUUCGUCAAACAUGGGACUCAUGUAAAGGUCGUGACUCCUGCCAAUCGUGUGAACUGUACGGCAUAAUGUGUACUAUUCAGCCUUGUCACGGUGUGAACCUUGAUAGAAAUUUUGAGUACCAAUGGAUUCCACCUGAAGAAUUGCGAUCGGAGCAUCCGUGUGGUGCACUGUACGCGGGUCCUCGGCAGCUUAGUGAAGCGGAAACCAGAGCGCUGACUCACUAUUUACACGAACAGAAAUCUCCUCUCUACACUUUCAUUGCGUUCAAGGAAGGCGACGUACUUAGACAACGAGCUUCCCGUGCAUCUGCAGCUGCCUACAGUAUCAGUGGCCGGCCGUAUGUAGCUGGCCAAACAUCUGAAUUUCUACCUUUAUACGCUGGUGGCAUCGAAGACUGGGUUGAUAGCCAUCUAGGUAUAGACAACACGUACACAGUUAUGAUGUUCCGUCCCACAGACUCGUACAACUCUAAGCUUUUAACAGAGCGAAUCGUUCACGAAGCUUAUGCAGCUGUAGACACUCUUCUCCUGCAAAGCGUCGAACCCUUAGGGCCACCACCAGUCACGCUGAGCAGAUCAAAUGCCUAUCCACUAGCACCAUCUCUUUUAGCACCGCCAAUCUGCUAUAUUGUACAGUGGACUAAAUAA